AUGGGUCAACCAUCUACGCAGGCGUCCAACGCCGUCAUGUACCUGACUUAUGGUGCAUUUCUCGUUAUUGGAACAGGCGUUGCCUGGAGAAUGAGAAACCAGUCCAAAAAGGACUUUCUCUCUGGCAACGGAACUCAAACGGCCCUUCCUCUGGCCCUCAACUUCAUCGCCUCCGCUCUCGGUUCUGCCAUCCUCUUCUCGUAUCCCGAGCUGGCCACCAUUACUGGUGUUCAGGGUAUGAUUAUCUACUCGUUCUCGUCGGCUCUGCCCAUCCUCAUGUUUGGAUACCUCGGUCCUGUCAUUCGACGACGGUGCCCUGAGGGUUUCGUCUUGACCGAGUGGACGAGGCAGCGAUAUGGCAUUUUGACUAUGCUGUAUCUUAGCUUCAUGACGCUGGUUACUUUGUUCUUGUACAUGGUUUCUGAGCUCUCGGCUAUUGGACAGGUUGUCACGGCUUUGACUGGUCUUGAUGGUCUCCCCGUCAUGAUCGUCCAGUGCGUCAUUACCACCAUCUACACCUCUCUCGGUGGCUUCCGCAUCUCCUUCUUGACCGAUGUCAUCCAGGGAGCCAUGGUCAUCGGCCUGGUAAUCAUCGCCACAAUCACCAUCGGCGCAAAGACAAGUAUCGACCGCAGCUUGAUCGAUUCAUCCGGCCUGCUCAAGGCCAACCUCCUCGGCUGGCAGCUCCUGUACAUCUUCCCCGUCGCCAUCGUGACCAACUGCUUCUUCCUGUCCUCGUUCUGGCUACGCACUUUUGCCUCCAAGACGGACAAGGACCUUCACUUGGGCACCAGCAUCGCCACCAUCGUCGUGCUGUGCGUCCUUACUCUCGUUGGUUCUACUGGCCUCAUCGCCAUCUGGUCUGGAGCUUUGCAGGGUGAUGAGAUUGCCUCAUCGGGAGCCAUUGCCUUCUUCGCCCUUCUGGAACGACUCCCUAGCUGGGUCGUGGGCAUCGUUCUCGUCAUGGUCGUUACCCUUAGCACUGCUGCUUUCGACAGUCUGCAGUCCGCCAUGGUCUCAUCCGCCUCCAAUGACUUAUUCCGCAACAAGCUCAAUGUCUGGUUCAUCCGAGGCGGCGUCGUCCUCAUCAUCAUCCCCGUCAUCGUCCUCGCCCUGAAGGCCCCCUCGAUUCUUCAGAUCUACCUCAUCACUGAUCUCAUCUCCGCCGCCACUAUCCCCGUCCUCUGCAUUGGUCUCAUCAAGAGCUGCUGGUGGUGGCGUGGCUUCGAGGUUGUCGUCGGCGGUCUGGGCGGUAUUUUCACCGUCUUCCUCUUCGGCCUUGUUUACUACGGUAACGCUCAGGAGGCUGGUGAACUUCUGCUCCUUCAGAAGGGUCUGUACGGCAACGACUGGAGUGCCUUUGGCGCCUUUGUUGCUGCCCCUGUUGGUGGUAUCCUCUGGGGCGUUGGCGCUCUCAUCCUCCGUCUCUCAGUUCAGUUCGUGAUGGCCAAGGUCCAAGGGCGUCGCUUCGAUGCUCUGGAUCGUCCUCUUGAGCGGUCUGAGAGCAGGGAGACUGAUGAGCCCGCUGAGAACCUCGUCUCGGCCACGACUGGCAAGUUCUUCUAG